GAUUUAUUAGGGAGAGGUGCGAGCAUAUUAGUCAAGUUAUUAUAUCCUGGCGGCUGCAAGGUGUGUGAGGCAAGGAAAACAACGUUUGAAUAAGUAGACUGAAACAAGUGACAGGAUCUGGAGAAAAUGUGGUCCACUAAAAGAUUAUUAUCAUUUGUGAUUUUGAUUUUUGUCUGCAGGACUGUAAACUCUGCCACAGACGCUGAUUUUAGAGAUGUACUGACGGAACUAUUCACAACGAGGUCAUACGACAAAAUCGUACGACCAAUAACUAACCAAUCGGAACCUGUUGUUGCUUUGGUCGAAUAUUUUCUGUAUGGACUAAAUGAUGUAAACGAAGUCGAGCAAAAAAUGACCACAACUGGAUACAUUGAAGUUUCUUGGAAGGAUGAAUUCUUGUCAUGGGAUCCAAAUUUAUAUGGUGGUUUAUGGUAUAUAUACGUACCUCAGGGAAAAGUAUGGAAACCCGAUAUUUCCCUUGGAAACGGUUUCAAAGACCUUAAAGAACUUGGUUCAGAUUUUAUCCAAGUAUAUAUAACGUCUGAUGGAUAUGUACUUUGGAAGCCAUUUCAAAUUUUUGAAUCGAAAUGUAACCUUGACCCCACUUAUUUUCCAUUCGAUAAACAGACUUGUAAUUUAGAAUUUGUCGUCUGGAGUUUGGAUAUUGAUGACGUCAUGUUGCUUGUAGGUUCCGAUGGAAUCAACAUGAUGGAAGCUAUGGAAAGUAAUGGACAAUGGGAUGUUGUAUCCUCUAGUUCGUCCGAUGAAACGGUGUCAGUGGAAACGAAAGUCAUUUUUUCCAUAAGAAUGAAACGCAAACCGUUAUUUAUCGUUAUGAACAUAAUAAUACCAAUAAUUCUUCUUUCCAUCCUUAAUAUAUUCACAUUCCAGAUUCCGGCUGACUGUGGAGAAAGAAUGGGGUAUACAAUUACCGUUUGGCUCUCUUUUGCUGUAUUUCUUACAAUAGUGAGCGCUUCUUUACCAAAAAGUUCCGAUACCAUUCCUGUCAUUUCUAUUUAUAUCAUGGUACAACUUGGAAUAGGAACAGCAACAGUCCUUGUAUCAGCUGUUCAAUCUAGAUUCGUCUCAAGAUCGGACGAUAAACCUGUGACGGCAUGGUUAAAACGGCUUACACUCAUUGGACGAUCGAAAGUCGAAUCAAAUGCCGUUAAAAAGGUGAAAAUUGGUGACGACGACAAAGUGAAUUGGAAAAGUGGUAUCGCUGCAUUAGAUGUACUAUUCUUUUGGUUAUUUUUCAUCCUACUUGCUAUUUCCACUUUCGUUAUUUUGAUGAUUUCAGCCUUCAUGCAGUAAUUAAUA